UGCGCUCUCGUCGCGUCUGAGUGAGUCGCAUCCACGCCCUGCCACUCGCCGCUCUCGCUCUCGCUCUCUCUCCCUCUGCAUUGUCCCUCCAGCUGUCGCGACAUGGCCGCUACCCAACAGCUGUCGAUGCAGUCACGCACAGGACGUCUCAACCAGCGCUACGGCUCCCAAGGCGAGCGCCUAGUCGCCGGCGUGGUGCCGCUCUCCGCCGACAAGUACUACGUCCUGCUGAUUCAGUCGACCAAACGCAACGGCUGGGUCCUCCCCAAAGGUGGCUGGGAAACGGACGAGGCAACUGCCCAAGACGCUGCCAAACGUGAGGCCUGGGAAGAGGCGGGUAUAAUAUGCAAAAUCAACUACGACCUCGGCCUCAUCCCCGAGAAGCGCAGGCCCGACCAGCUCACCUCGCAGGCCCCAAAGGCCUCGUACCAUUUCUUUGAAGCCACGGUCGAGAAGCAGGAAGCUCAAUGGCCCGAGCAGCACAAGCGGAAUCGGAAUUGGUUCAGUUAUAGUCAGGCCCGACAGGCCUUGGCCGAACGCCCGGAACUGCUCGACGCCCUCGACCGAUGUACCAUGCACCGAACAUAGAUUUGCUCCUCUGCUGCACCUUCUCUUUAUCCUCUCCAUUUCAUCCCCUUUCUCUAAUAUUGCAUCAACACGGGAUUUUUAAAAGUUUCGGGGGUUAUUAUAGACAUCUGACACUAUCUUGUUUGCUUCUACACAUGGCGUUGUGGUAGCUCUUCGUCAGAUAGAAUGAUGCAUUGACCGCUCUCUUAUAGCAAAGAGUUGCCGGGCCACGC